AUGGGAGCAGGCCCAGUUUUCUGUCAGAUCCCCUGUCUUAAUGGAGGCAGAUGCAUCGGCAGGGACGUGUGCUGGUGUCCAUCAAACUCAACGGGGAAGUUUUGCCACCUGCCAGUUUUGCCGCCUGCCAGCCCUCACGGCCACAAGGAUGCCAGCCACCAGGCACCAAAAUCCCCCUCCCACUCCAUGUACACGCUGCCACUGUCCAAUCAGCAAGUGUCUCUCCACCCAUCCUUGGUGAACGUCCACAUACAGCACCCUCCAGAGGCCGAGGUCCAGGUCCACCAAGUAGCUCGGGUACAGCCUGGGCAGAGACCUGCCAUCACAGAGGGGGCUCACUCUGUCCAGCAACGCUCCCAGCCUGGGAAUGGACAUGAACCCACAAUUGAACACAGCAGCAGGCAUUCACAUACCAACGGGAACUGGAAUGGCCACGCCAGACCGCACAACCGCCAGAACGGACAUGUGGGAAGAUGCUUUCAGGAAACAGUCGACGGACAGUGUGGCAAGCCUCUGCCAGGCCUAACCAAACAGGAUGAUUGCUGUGGAAGUGUGGGCGCCUCCUGGGGUCUCAACAAGUGCCAAAAGUGUCCAACCAAACCAGCAUACGCAGUGAUUGCAAAUGGACAAGUGGAAUGUUCCAAAGGUUUUAAAAGGAUGAAUCUCACACACUGUCAAGACAUCAAUGAGUGCCUGUUGCCUGGGAUCUGUAAGAAUGCUGAAUGUCUCAACACCAGGGGAAGCUACAGGUGCACGUGUAAACCCGGCUACAUGUUAGACGCCGCCAGGAGUCACUGUGUCUCGGACAAAGCUGUGUCUGACCUGAGGGCGCUGUGCUACCGGUCGGUGUCAGCGGGCACAUGCUCUCUGCCGCUUGCUCAACACAUUACCAAGCAGAUCUGCUGCUGCAGCCGAGUGGGCAAGGGCUGGGGCUCUGGGUGUGACCGCUGCCCUCUGCCAGGAUCAGACCAUUUCAAGGAGAUCUGCCCAGCUGGUCACGGAUAUACCUACUCGCGCUCAGAUGUGCAGAUUUCUCUUAGACAGCUGGAAGAAGAUGAUCUACAGAGCACAGGAGUAUCAUGGGAGGAGCAGAGUCCCACUUAUCCUCAGCCUCCAUCCUCCCAGCCUUCACUGCUGUUGCCCAGCAGGCCACAUUUCCCAAUCUACCCACAGACACCGCAAGUGCCCCAAUACCCUGAGUACCCUGAGACACCAGAAGCACCCCAGUACCCUCUGACUCCACAGCAGCCUCUCCAUCCCUCUCACCAAGACAGAGAGACACCUACACAGCCGGAAGAUAUGGAAAUUCUGAGCCCGCCAGCUGUUGUGACUGACUCACCACUGAAAUAUCCAGAGACUUCUCCAGACUCCUCCAUCAUCGACCUCAUGCCAGAUUCGAAGGAAACGACCCCAACAGACUCAGUCACAGGUGUUGACAAAUGUGCCACCACCCCCACCAUAUGUGGUCAUGGGAAAUGUAUUCCUGUGCAGACGGGCUACACCUGCCAGUGUGAACCAGGAUUCAAGCUCAGUGCGCUGCAGACCAACUGCAUUGCGUACAGGCCGUCCAAAGAGCUGCCACAGUGCUGUGAUCCCUUACCUCACAUUGAAGGCCUUGGCCCGAGCCUCUGCUCCACCCGGCUGGGCUCAGGCCCAUCACUGAGGAAUGCCUGUAUAGUAGAGGAGCUCCAAAAUGUGAAUGAGUGUGACGAGGACCCAUGUGAAGGGAAGGGCCGCUGUGUAAACAGCUAUGGCUCCUACACCUGUCAGUGUCACAGCGGCUACAGCCAAGUGAUCACCCAGAACAGGAAGUUCUGUCAAGACAUUAAUGAGUGCAGCAUGCCCAACAAGUGCCAGAAUGGCAAAUGUGUCAACACAGAAGGAUCUUACACCUGUGAAUGCAACAGUGGCUACGCCAAGUCUUGGAGAGGCCUGUGCGAAGAUGUGGACGAGUGCAGGGAUCCCAGCUCCUGUCCUGACGGCGUCUGCGUCAACACUCUCGGCUCCUUCCAGUGCCAGGCCUGCGGCCCGGGCUUCAGGCCUGUCAGUGAAAGAUGUUUGGAUGUAAACGAGUGCUUGAACCAAACGAUGUGCGGUCAUGGUAGGUGUGUCAACACUGAGGGCUCCUAUAGGUGCAACUGUUUCCAAGGCUACCAACUCUCACCGGACAACAUUUGCCAAGAUGUGGAUGAGUGUGUGCUCCCGGGAGUCUGUCUCCACGGCCGCUGUGUCAAUCUGGACGGCACCCACAAAUGCACCUGUAACCAUGGUUACCAAGUCACCUCAGACAGCAAAGCUUGUGAAGAUGUCAAUGAGUGCGCAACUGGUAAUGCAUGCCCUGCGGGAAUUUGCAUCAACACAGCAGGUUCCUACACUUGCCAGAACUGCAGGCCUGGGUUCGGACCAUCUGUUGAUGGACUGAGAUGUGAAGAUGUGGAUGAGUGUGCCCAGGCUGACUUGUGUCUGGGCGGGGUGUGUGCCAACACGGAGGGAUCCUACACCUGCACCAGGUGUAAGGCUGGCUACAGAGUGUCUCAAGACCGGCAGAGGUGUGAAGAUAUUGAUGAGUGCCAGUCCCUGUCUACCUGUGCCAACGGGAUCUGUCUAAACUCAGAAGGCUCUUACACCUGUGAGAACUGCCCUACAGGGUACACAGUAUCUUAUGACGGGGAGCUCUGUGAAGAUAUUGAUGAGUGUGCGCUGCCCACUACAUGCCCCCAGGGAACAUGCACAAACACAGGGGGUUCCUUCACAUGUAUCGUCUGUCAACCCGGUUUCAGAGUCUCUGAGGAUGGACAACAGUGUGAUGAUGUGGAUGAGUGCUCGGUGCCUAACGCGUGCCCAGGCCAGCUGUGCUUGAACACCCCGGGAUCCUACACCUGCAGGAGCUGUGGAGCCGGCAUGCAAUUGACUGAGGACGGAUACAGCUGUGAGGACAUCGAUGAGUGCCAAACCCCAGGUGUGUGCCCCACGGGUGUUUGCACCAACACAGAGGGCUCCUUCUCCUGCAUGUCCUGCGACCCAGGCUUCACGGUGGCGCCCAACGGGCUCUCAUGUGAAGAUGUGAAUGAAUGUGAUGACACUAGCCUGUGUCUCGGAGGCCAGUGCACCAACAGCGACGGCUCUUAUAGCUGCUCCUGCCCUGCUGGUCUGGAGCUGGUGGAUGGGACGUCCUGCAGAGAUAUCAAUGAGUGUUUAACCAUUGUGGGAAUCUGCGGAGAAGGAGACUGUCUGAACACUGAGGGCUCCUACUCAUGCAUCUGUCCUGAUGGAUAUACCACCAUUGAUGGAAGGACCGGCUGCCAAGAUGUGGACGAAUGCAGCAAAGACAACGUGUGCAUUCGGGGGAACUGUCUCAACACUGAUGGCUCUUUCUUGUGCUUGUGUGAGGCUGGUUUCAAGUUCAACGCCGACACGGCCGACUGUGAAGACCAGGAUGAGUGCAAAGAGUUUGGAGGCUCAGUGUGUGGUACCUGGCGCUGCGAGAACACCAUCGGCUCCUACCGGUGCUUCAUGGGCUGCCAGCCAGGCCUUGAGGGAGAAGACACCACAGACUGUGAUAUUGAUGAGUGCCUCAAUGAAACCAUCUGUGGGAACCACGGCUUCUGCGAGAACACAGAUGGCUCCUUCCGCUGCCAGUGUGACCAAGGCUACACCAACCCGCCGGGAGACAUGAGCAGAUGUGUUGACGUGAACGAGUGCGAGAUGAGCUUGGCGCUGUGCGGGGAGGCCCUGUGUGAGAACGUCGAUGGCAGCUUCCUGUGCAUCUGCCCCAACGACAAUGAGGAAUUUGAUCCCAUCACCAGCCAGUGCCGCUCCCUGGAUACUACCCCGGAAGUCGCUCCUGAAGUCCCUCCAUCUGCUACCUCAGCUGAAGAGAGGAAGGAGUGUUACUACAACUUGAAUGAUGCCAACUUCUGCGACAACGUUUUGUCUCGCAACACCACCAAGCAGGAGUGCUGCUGCACGGUGGGGGCGGGCUGGGGGGACAACUGCGAGAUCCACGCCUGUCCUGUCCCGGGAAGAGAUGAUUAUAACCAGUUGUGCCCUCAUGGUAGUGGAUUAUUACCUCUGCCUGUUUCUUCUACACAAACUCUGGGAGAACAGCGUCCUUACAUAGAUGCAAAUGAGUGUGAGAUGUUUGGAUCAGACAUUUGUAAGAAUGGACAGUGUUCAAAUCUCUUCUCUACCUACACCUGCUACUGUCGCUCUGGCUUCUACUACGACAACAUCCGGCUUGAGUGUGUGGAUUACGAUGAGUGUGAAUUUGGAAAUGCCUGUGAGGAUGGAGCGUGUGUGAACACGGCCGGCUCUUUCAACUGUUUCUGCAGUCCUCCAUUAGUCUUAGACAGCACACGGCGCCGCUGCAUUGGCCUCAACACCACAGAGGAAACUAUAGAGCCUGAUCACGAUGUGCACAUGGAUAUUUGCUGGCAGCGUCUGGAGGACGACAACAUGUGUGCAGAACCCCUCCAGGGACGCAGGACGACGUACACUGAGUGUUGCUGCCUGUACGGCAUCGCCUGGAGUGGACAGUGUGCAUUCUGUCCCAGGAGAGACUCUGAUGACUAUGCAAUCAUGUGCAACCUGCCCCGGAGAGGAGGUUCAGACAGCCUGCGGGAGCGGCAAGGAUACGAGUACGGACUUGAGGGGCCAGAGGAUACCGCAGAGCCUUUUGUUCCUCCAUACUGGGACAGUUACGGCAGCCCUGCAGGACCCUAUGACAUUCCUGAAAGCGUUCCUCUCUUCAACGACAAUGACUACAGCGUUCAACAGCCACCUGUCCCAGUCCCACGACCACGGGAGCACCAGCCACGACCAGUGGAUUCUUAUGCAGAGCGCUACGAGGGCUUUGAGGGACUCCAAGCAGAGGAAUGUGGAGUCCUGAAUGGGUGCGAAAACGGCCGCUGCGUGCGCGUGAGAGAAGGCUACACCUGCGACUGCUUCGACGGUUACGAGCUUGACCUAAACAAGAUGGCCUGUAUAGACAUAAACGAAUGUGAGGACAUCAGCGACAAGGUGCCCUUGUGUCAGAAUGGGCAGUGCACCAACACAGAGGGAUCGUACAAGUGCACCUGUUUGCCGGGCUUCGUGGCCUCUGCCCAACCACACAAAUGCAUCCCAACGAUCCCUGAGUCUGAGCUUAGGGAGACAGGAAACUGAGACAGUGACUGUUGGAGCGCUGGCUCCUCCUGCUCCCUCAAAGAUCACCUUACACACCCUUCUGCCCUCUUCCCCAAGGGCCUGGCACUAAACCUCCAACAGUAACGCUGAAUCGUCCAAACUUGUUUCUCUACAGACAAACACACACACACACACGCACACACACACACACACACACACACACACACACACACUGCAUUUAGCACAAAGCACAUCCAUAUCCCCUUCAUAUACACUCAAGAGGACCAGGAAUACAGUGCAGUGAAUGUAUUACAUGGGAUUUAGUAUUCACCAGAUAUCCAUUUGCCUUAAAGGGAUUUUGUGGACUGAUUUUUUUUUUUGUUCAGUAACCCCAGGCAAUUUGAUAUACAGAUAUAUUUCCAUAUUAUUUCUCUGUCACUUCUUUUUUUGUUGUGUUAUUUAUUUCAUCUACAUGGCCUCUGCAAACUAAGAAAGCAACCUAUUUUCAGAGGGCAUACUUGGUUCCGUUUUAUUUUAUUUGUCUCAACAAUUGAUUCAGAGACAGUGUGGGGAGAUAAUAAUUGUCUUUUCAGCCACUCAUAAAACAGCUUGUACAUCACUGUCAAACCUCUUAACAAUAUUUUCUCACUCAGUAAUUGUAAUUAGCUUUGGCUUUGGACUAAAUGGAUGCCAAGGUUGACAAACGGCACAAAUUCGAAGAACAAACUUUUCCCACAGCUGCCUUUCUGUACUUCAAGAUUUACUACAAGCUGAAGUUGAAGAAUCUCUGGACCAAGAACUGGGAAGUCAGCACAGCCAAACUUUCACAUUAAAAGCUUCAGCCUUUUACGUGGACAUGGAAAGACUGUAGAUGUAUAUGAUGGUCUAUGUAAUGUUUUGAAAAAGGUGCAAUAGCUGUAACCUGCCUUCCUCUGUUUUGAAACCAUUACCACAAUCUUAAUACAAGCAAUGAAGUAGGAAAACAUGGACUCAAUCCCAAUUAUUAUUUUUUCUUUUUAACAGUAUUAACAUGCACCAUGACUUAUCGAAGUUUGAUUCUAGGCUACGUUCUAGCCUUACUUCUGAAAUUAUAAGAAGGUACGUCGCUUGAAAUCAUCCACAUAUAUCACUGCUUUAACCGUAAGAUUGGUUUUAUACUCCAGCAUCACACAGGCAAAAGGAUUUCACAUUCAGCUGCAAUGCAAUUGGAUCCCACAUCUCACAUCAGACCAUUCCCAUCUGUGCAUAUCUGAAUGCGUGUAAAGACAAAGGCUUCGUUGGAGAGGUUUGGUUUAUUUUGUACAGAUCUAGUACUAUGUAUUAUUUUUGUUACAUAUUCUCUUAAUGCAUUAUAGCACAACCAAUAUUUUUGUUUGACAUAAAGCAUAAAGUGUAAGAAAAAUCUGGCAUUAUAGCUUUGUAGAUUUAUACAUGUCUGUAAAAAUGUUUUUUAAAGCAUAUCUUUUUAUGUAUGAGGAGAGUGGCUGACACUGUACCAGAGGAACUGUGUGUAUACCCUGCCCUGUGGAGCAGACAAUGAAAUAUAUUUUUUGGAAGUGGCAGCACUGUUCUAAUCACAGACAUUUUGUCUCUUAAAGUUCAUUACAAAGACAAUGCUUUUGAAAUGCAAGCACCAGCUUAUGUGCGUCACAACUUUAUGGCUAAAUAUUAGUAAUUGUGAACAUUAUUUCUUUUAGUCUCUGUUGGAUCCUUUUGUCAUGAAUGUACCAUAGACAGUAUCAGCCUACUCAUUUGGUUUCUGAAUUCCUUCUCAUCCCUUUUUGUCUUUUAUAUUCAGGUUUAAGAAAAUGAUGGCAUUAUUUGUCUAAAGGACUGAACUUCUCUCAAGAAAGCUCAGCAGCAACAUUAAAGUUUGAUUGUAACUUUGGAGGAUGACUUAUGCCCUUAACCUGCAUUCAUAAAUUACAAACCUACAGUUGUACAGAUGCUUCCACUUGAUGUCCACUGUAUUUUACUGUGCUGUUCAAAUCAUUGCCUGAACCGGACCAGAAGUCUAACAUUUAGGACAAAGUUGGAAUAUUUAAAGCCUCUCAAAACCACAAAUAACUAAAUGAUAAAUGUCUUGUUGUAAAUCUGUGGUCAUUGGAAAUAUCAUGCUCAUUCAUUUUGUUUACCUCUUGACUGUAAUCACUAUCAGUCAUCAAAA